CGUCGAUCAAAAUAAGGUCAAUGUUCCCGCUGAUCCAGUCAUCGCGUACUACCCAUAUAUCCAUCUAUCGGCAAUGGCACAUAUUUAGUUACUCGACUGUGCAUCAAGAUCAAAGUUUAUCGAUUUUUUGACAACAUCGUUGUUUAUAAACGUUUUUAUUAUUGCCUGUGCAAUUCAAUGAAACAGAGAAGUAAUUAGUUUUCUUUUAUCUGUUCAGCUGGAUAGUAUGAUGUUACUGUUUUGUGUUAGUUUGAUCGUCAAUGCUGGUUACGUGGUACUCGCAGAUCCAGAAUUUCUAAUCGACAACCCAAAAUGUAGGCUGCCAAACUUCCCAGCGUUUACAGAAGAUACAAAUGCCACUCAUAUUCCAUUGCCUUAUCCAUCAAUACCAGAUUCGAACAUUCUGACUUACACUACCGUUCAUGAAAAUAAGGGGUACCUGCAUCUAAACACAAGUGCCAUUGAUGAGAUCUUCAAUAAAAAUUGGAUGAGGGAUAAUUUGAAUUGUUAUUACAGUUAUGUUCGAAGAAAUGGAAGUGCAGAUGAACCGGAUGUUGGAGUCAGCUUCUCGCGAUGGUUUCCCUUCAGCUCAACAGUAGAACUCAGCGAAGAUACCGUCUUGACCCAAUGUUCCCUAUAUGGGCAUUAUCCAAUAUACAUGAAUCUGCAUAGCCCAAUCACAGUCUCGGAUCACUUGCAGAAAAGACUCGAAAAAACUGCUACAAAAGGUUCCAAGCCUCUCAGCGUGUUGUUCAUAGUGAUAGAUAGUGUGUCCAGAUUGAACGUAGAGAGAACGAUGCCUAGAACAAGGCAUUUUUUGCUUGAAAAUGGGUUUUGGGAGUACAUGGGCUACAACAAAAUGGACGAUAACACGUUUCCUAAUUUCAACGCACUCCUAACUGGGAUGGACUUGACGAUGUCCUAUUCCGUAUGUCAACCUGACAAAAUAGGGAUGCUGGACAAGUGUCCAAUGAUAUGGUAUCACUAUAGAGAUAAUGGUUAUGUUACUGCCUAUGCAGAGGACUGGGCCGAUCUGUCAACGUAUAACUACCAGAAAAAGGGUUUUCUACAACCACCCACUGACUACUACUUCAAGCCGUACUUUGAUGCUUGCAGAGGUGUUCUAUACAAUACAAUUAUUGAUACUAUGCCAUUUUACUGUGGUCCAGAAACCCAAGGGGAGAGGGUCUUGAAUUUAGCGAAAGACUUCGCUAAGACAUUCAAGAAUAAACCAAAGUUUGGCAUUUUCUGGAUGAACACCUUCAGUCACGAAAACGUCAGCUCACCCUCACGAAUGGAUGGUGUGUUCGAGAAAUUUUUCAGCGACUUUAAAAGCGAAGGACUAUUAGAAGACAAUAUGGUAGUACUUCUGGCUGACCACGGUAUGAGAUUUGGACCAAUUAGGUCCACUCUUCAAGGGUGGUAUGAAGAAAGACUACCCGUCAACUUCAUUUCUGUGCCAUCUUGGUUUCAACAAGCUUUCCCUGAGAAGUACGAGAACCUCAAGAAGAAUUCUAGGAAGCUGACUAGUACGUACGACUUCUACAUGACUUUACAGGAUGUGCUUGCAAUGUCAACUGACUACCAAGUGAAAAACAGCAGAGCAUGUCCAAGCUGCACCUCGUUCUUUAAUGAAAUACCAGAGGUGCGUAGUUGCCAAGAAGCUGGACUACCAGAUGUUUGGUGCGCAUGUCUGGGCAAAUUCAAAAGAACCGAGGAUCACGAAAUCAGUCCACAGUUCCUACAAGAUGCCGCUAAACGCGCAUUGCAGCACGCUCAGGGUAAAGAGACGGUGGAGCCAAAUUCGGUAGACUGGUGGUUGGAACAAACUUAUAGGAUUAUAACGUCAGCCGUACAGAAAGGCGUCAACGGUCAGUCAUACUUGCUGCUGGUGUUUGAAGUUGUUCCUCACAUGGCGUACCAAACGCUAUUUGUGAUAAACACAGAGCCCUUAGAGAUAGUGAGGCUAGCACAAAAUUAUCAAAUUCGGAUUUAGAUAUAAAAACUAUACCCCAUUCGUAGUCCAUACCCAAAAGCGAGAUUGUACAGGUCCGUAUUUUUUUCAAUGGUCUUGAAAUAAUCUAACAAAAUAAAUGAUUAUUUAUAUAGAAAGAAGUGCACAUAGUUUUCACAAUUCUUGAUUCGUUGGAGUUACUUGAAUCAUCGUCCGAAUUGUUAAUAUUAAUUAUUACAGGUUCAACUUGAAUAUCGAUCAUAUUGCCCAAAUCCCACGUCUUUGUUUCGAUUGUCUCUUGAACGUGGCGGAUGCCCUCGCUCUGUUGACAGCUUCAUAAAAUAAAUUUUCCACGUCAGAAAAUUUGGAUGGUCUACUGUUUGCAGCCAGAUAGUUUUUUAUGUUUGUCCAAAUCAUUUCAAUGGGAUUUAAUACGCCGCAGUGAUAAGGGGGUCGCCUUAAAAUGGUCUUAUUUUGGUUUUUAGCCAUUUCGUCAGUAACAUUAAGAUUAUAUUUAUAUUUGUGCUGUGUGACUAGAUGGAUAAGUUCUGCUUUGACCAUACUUCCAUUGAAACUAAUGUUUUUUGAGAAGCCAUUGUGAAUUUUUGCUUUUCUUGUGGUAUGCAGCACUAUCAAGUACAAUGACGGCAUUGUCUUCAAGCUUUGGGAGCGUUUCUUCAAACCAUCGUUCAAAUCAGCUCCCGUCCAUUUAUUCAUGGUAGUCGGUCUUCGACUCAAAUGCCCAUAGGGCAGUGGGCACAAAGAAAUCUUCACUGCCAAUGUGAUAGAGAAAAAAUCGUUUUCUUUGUCCUGGAAAUAAUUAUCUCAUAUAAUAUUCAAGAAAACUCAUAAUAAUACAAGCAAAGUAUCUAUCUAACAGGUGUUGGUUCCAAAUCUACCAGGUAUAGCUAAGUUUAGGGUAGCUAAGUCUUUAGCGUUGGCUCAUAGAUUCAGUCUACUUGGCACCAUUUUUACACAAAUGAUGGAUUGUUUAGAUAUAUGUACCUGGCGGAUUCUUCAGGCUAGUGGUUAGUCCAUGUAAGAAGGCUUGUCAUGCUGAUUUAAUUGUAGAGGCAGCCCAUACCUUAGGUUUUGUAUGUCCUGCAUUUAUCUGGGUUUCAUCCAAGUAAUAAAUCUUCCUGUCCUGGUCGUGGUAUUUCUUUAUUGAUUUUAAAUAAUUUCUUCUCCAUAAAAUAAUUUCUCUUCUGUCCAUCAAAAUACUAUUUAUACCCCGUUUUCUAUACUCAAAAUGAAGUUCUUUGAGUCCACUAUAGAAUGUGGUCCUUUUGAAAGUAGGUAAGUCUUCAUCACUAUUAACCUCAUGUAAUACUUUGUCUCUAGUAGGAAGCUCCUGUCUUUCAAAAAAUGUAUAGACUUUGCGUCUGAUGGCAUUCCGAUCAAAGUUAUCAACUGUAUCCAUCAGCUUCAUGUAAUGCAACCUCUUGUGUGGUGGAGACAUUUUUUUUAUUGUUUUAGGACAUAAGCCUGUUUUGUUCGCCACAAAUCUUUCAAUAUCAAGAAUUUUUAGUCCAGGAUGUUCUAAAAUUUUGCUCUUAUAAACGUUAAGGACAAUUACUUUUGCCUGAAUAUUCAAAUGUCCCUUCUUGUCAGGUUUUCGGGGAGGAGACAUCACUGAAGAGGAAGCAUGGCUGAAGGAAGGAUUUGGAGAGAUAUUCUCAAUUUCAUCUACUGUAUCCGUAGACGACAUGCUAAGGUAUAAACACAUGCACCGAAUAUGAACAGCAAGUGUAGGCGUCAGCGAGCCGGCGAUAUCCCGAGCCUGAGUUCUAUCUUGUCGAAUCCUGCACUUCAUAGUUUUAUGGCUGAAUGACCAAUAGCUACUGCAAGGCUUAGGCGGCUGCCGCUUUGCCGCGCUGCAUCUUAAUGUGCCGGGGCGGAAAUGGACUACGAAUAGGGUAAAACUUCAUUGAACAUUAAGGAGUUUGCUCAAUGUAUUGUAUUUAUUUAAGAGAGUUUAACAUAGAAAUAAUAAAGAAAUGUUUUUUUUUAUUUCGUAAUGUCGAAGUCAUGACGUCACUUAACCUAACUUAGCUUGCUUAAAGUUGGCAUAAUCUAACCUAUCAUGUGGUAAAUGGAGCAUUGCCCAUGUAUUAGGUUAGGUUCAGUUAAGUUGGCUAGUUAAGUUAGAUUAAGUCAACCGAUUUUAUAUAUGCUCCAUGAAUGGAAUGCCCUGUUCAAAAGAAGUAGAUUCAUAUAACAUUCAGUAUCAAUGAUAUUUAGUUCAGUGUACUAAAAUUAUUAACUUUAAUAGCACUCCGCCAUUGUGGAGAAGAGAGGAAUUUGUAUUAUUUUCCAUUCUAUAGACAGUGUAAAUUAAAUAGUGAAGACGGUGGUCUAAACUUAUGUACGUAAGUAUAUCAUAAUUAUUCAUCAAUGAAUCAAUUUAGGACAAUUAACAUCAACAAUCUAAGAAAAGCUGUAUCAGAACUGAAAUCUAAUAGAAAUCCAAGUGGGAAUCUCUCAAAAAAGAUUCUAACUGACUGUUUCAAUAUAAUUGGAGAGAAAUUAUUAUUAUUGGUGAAUCAUUGCUUAGUACACUUACUCCUGUGCCAAAAGUUCAACAUUCUGAGCUGUAUACAAAUAUGAUGUUCGAUAGGAUAUUAUAUAAACAAAUCAUUAGAUUCAUUGGAAAAACAAAUUUUUGACAAAAUAUCAAGCUGGAUUUAGGAAAAAACUGUUUUAAAACAGCCAAAUGGUGGUGGAAGAUUUUAGAAGAAGUAUAGAUGAGAAACAAUGUACUGGAACAGUAUUUUUUAAAUUCAAAGGGGCAUUUGAGACUAUAGAUAGGGAGAAACUGUUAAUGCACGCAUCACUAUGGUUUUAAAAGAUCAGUAUUAAACAUUUUACAAAAUUAUGUAGUAAGUAGAAGUCAAAAAACUAAAGUUGGAAAUAUUAUGUCAUGCAUUGAAAAUAUAUCAGUAAGGUGCCACAAGGGAGCAAAUUAAGGCCGUAACUAUUUAAUAUUUAUAUAAAUGAUAUCUCUGAUAUUUUAGAACUCUGCAAAAUUCAAAUAUUUGCGGAAGAUAAAUUGAUAUAUGUAUAUAUAGCACAUAAGCGUUUGGACACUGCUUUAGAGCUGUUAAAUAGUGAUAUUAAGAAAAAUAUGGAUUGGUUAAAUGUUAAUA